AUGGACACCCAUAAAGCACUCGAAUCGGGUAUCCAUAGCCUCCCCGUUGAACUAAUAGCGAAUAUCGCCAAGUUUACCAAGUCUCCCGAUCUAUGCGCUCUUCGGCUCACCUGCCGAGCGAUGUACCAGGGCAGCCUUUGCCACUUUGCAAAAACCUUUCUACACACAUUAAAGACCAAUCUUUCACCAAGGUCGCUUGCGCAGGUCGAGAAAGCAGCCGAGGAUGACAUCUUCUGCCCCUAUGUCCGCAAGUUGGAGAUCAUCAGGAAUUCACAAGGUUGCCUGGGACCGUUAUCCCCUGAUCUCAAAUCAGAAGGAACAUAUAUUCAAGCGUGGCGCAAUGUGAUAAAACGCCUGUUUAACUGCCGAUCUUUCGAGCUGCGCAAUUCAGUCUAUACAAAACCGGAUUGCGGCAGCGAUGGCAUCACGCUCGACCAGGCCACUGGUCUUGUUCUCGAAGCCAUAGCUACUGAGAACAUUCCGAUGGAAUCUUUCUCGAUAGACAUUAUAAAAUACAGAAAAAGAUCUCACCAGGAUAAGGAUAAGCUAACGCAAUUUGCUAUCACGACAUUUGGGAUCCCGGCCUUUGCCCACCUCAAAGAGCUGUGCCUUGCGCUCCCGGAUGCAGAGCGCCAGACUACAGAUUGGAUGGCGAAAAUGAUCCAAUGUGCCAAGUCUCUCAGAAACCUGACGAUCAUUUUCAGCUGGAGGUGUGAGGCCACUUCACUUCUCGCCCAGCUUUCGUCGGUUGAAUGCUUACCGGAAAUUGAAGAAUUGACCUUUUCGCGAAUGUCAUUCCAAUCUUCGGCUGCUUUGGGAAUCUUUCUUUAUAGUAUUCAGAGCACUCUUCGCCGUGUAACUUUAUCUUUUGUGAAACUGGAGUUUGGAGGCUGGCGGUCCAUUCUCCACGAGUUGAGUGGAGAUGUGUACCAGCUCGACAGUUUGACACUGCAUAGUGUACUGGAAGUUAACGAUUUUUUGAGCUUUCGGAAGAUUCCAGAAUACCCACUCGUGGAAGAGUCCCUAGACAGAAGAAUAUAUCGCCCGUUCCAAUUUUGCUUUUUUGAUCCGAGGGAUAAGGGCUUCUCCUACUCGGGUCCGGCUUUACAACAGGUUUUACAGAGAGCGGCUGCCCUUGCAGAGAUACACUGA